AUGCGACAUGCUCUUGACGAUGAUAAGCGUACUCGUGAUGUGAGAAAACAGAAGUUGCAAAAAGAAAAACUUUUAUCCAGUAUGUUAGAGAACGCUCUUGGUGAAGAACAACAAAAAAGAGCAAGACUGGAAGAAGAAUUAAGCCGAGUGAAGAAUGCUGGUAAUGAACGGGCAAGAACCUUGGAAAACCAACUUCGUGAUACAUCUCGUAUGUGCGAAUUAAAGAAAGUGGAGGUUAGAGAAAAAGUAGCUGCUGUUAAUAAAUUACAGGUGCUUCUUGAAGAAAACAAACAAUUUUGUACCAAACUGGAAGAAAGAUUGCAAGCCGAACAAGUAUCAAGUCAUUCUCUCCAACUCCAGCUCGAAGCAAAUGAGCUCAUCAUAAGAGAACUACGACUUAAAGUGGAACAGGGGCGUGAACAGAGGACCGCUUUGGAGCAAACAGUAGGACGACUGCAGCUUCAAUUUGCAGAAGAAAAGGACAGGCAUGCAUCUAUUGAAAGAGAUUUACAAUCAGCCCUGUCUACAACUCAAGAAGAAAUGUCAGAGGUCCUACGAAGCGGCACCCGUGACUGGAUCCUGUUACGAAAGGAAGUUACUCUUGGCAGAAAAGUCUUAGGCAAGGGAGCCUGGGGAAUUGUUAACGAGGGAAUGUUUCGCGGUUGCAAAGUUGCUGUUAAAAAAAUUCAUGACCUGAUUCUCUCUGAUCUCAACCGUCGAUUAUUUGAACGAGAAAUGAACAUUGCAUCGCGCUGUCGCCACCCAAAUCUGUUGCAGUUUAUCGGCGCUACAAAUGACGAUGGUAGUCCAUUGUUUGUCACUGAGUUACUCGAUACUUGCCUGAGGCGUUUGUUAUCCGAACGAGAAUUAACUCCCAAGGAAGUUUUGAACCUUACUUUAGACAUCGCUAAAGGUCUUAACUACCUCCAUCUUAUUAAACCGCUCCCCAUCAUUCACAGGGAUAUCAGCAGUGGAAACGUGUUGCUUUGGAGAAGAGGCGAGUGUUGGAGGGCUAAGUUGUCCGACUAUGGAGCGGCAAACUUUAUGCGACGUAGCAUGACAGCAAAUAAAGGGGCGAUAAUUUAUUCAGCACCAGAGGCUUUUACUCCAAGACAAUCACCGAAGGUGGAUGUGUACAGCUUUGGUGUCCUUCUGUGUGAGAUGUGCAUCAGAGAACAACCGGAUCCCCAAGAUCUUCCUGAUCAGAUUAAACGGGUUUCCGAUGAUACCUUCCGUCAGCUCAUUCAACGGUGCGUGGAAAAGGAGCCUGAAAAACGCCCUACUAUGGCCGAAGUAAUACUUGCUCUGGAGCAGCUCAAACAAUCAAAA